AUGUGUGCUGUGGAGACCUCACCGAAUGCUUUCGCGACCGUUUCUAUUGCAACAACUUGUCGCGUAGAAUGGCCCAAGGUCUCUCCUUGCUUAGCUGAUGGUCGUAACCAUACAGAAUGUUGUCAACGUAAAGGUGUCCAAAAGGACUGUUUACCAAUCUGUGCUGGCUCUACAGAAUCCCUAGGAGUUCACUCUGUUCUUUGCUUAAAUCUUGAUCUGCAAGCAAUCUACCAGUGUCUCAGGGAGGGAUACGAAACCCACCCAUCGCCUCCUGUGAACGUCACUGUUACGGCGGUGUCCGAAUCAUCUGCGGAAAUAACUUGGGCAGAGCCGGAUGCUAAUCCGGAUCUUGUUGAGACGUUUACGCUUAUGAUUAGAAAGGUCGAGCAUGGCUCCAGGAUAAGAGAGACCCACCCAUCGCCUCCCGUGAACGUCACUGUUACGGCGGUGUCCGAAUCGUCUGCGGAAAUAACUUGGGCAGAGCCGGAUGCUAACCCGGAUCUUGUUGAGACAUUUACUCUCAUGAUUAGAAAGGUCGAGCAUGGCUCCAGGAUUAGAGAGAUCCCGAUAGCGAAUAUUCCGUUUCGGUUAGAUCAAACUCACGACGAGGACAGUCUUUACCCUCUACGGCUAUACUUUUCUACACCAAAUCGGAUAGCAGAGGAAUCUGUGCUGUUGGUGAACCUCUACUUAUCUCAGGUGCAGUUUUUCGAAAGUUUGCGCACGUUGUAA